AUGGAACAAGAGCGCCCGCUCCAGCCUGCCCCGCCGCCUGCAUACACGCAACACGAGCCCGAGUCGCUGCAUCUGCCGUCGGUGCCCACGCAUCUCCCCACGCACAACCACCACGACAAUGCACGGCUUCCAGGCAUCAAGUCGCUGCACCUGCCCGAGACCAAGGCUCGCCACACGCCGCACAACUCGAUAGAAUACAGCCCGCGCGCGCACUUUGAGGCGCCGCAUUGGGGCGUGCUGCCCGCGCCCAACAGUGCGACCUUUCCCAGCGUGCCAGAGGGCUUCUCGCGCGAAGACAUGGGAAGUCCCAUGGACACGGCCAGCAUACGCAGCGUGCCAGACGACACGACAAGCAGACGUGAAACGAGCGUCAGUAUGGACGACCCGGAUGUACGGUUGGCCGCUGAGGCGCUAAGUGGGCUGGGGAAUCCAGACUUUGUUCGCUCGCCAACAGCCCGAUCUCUCACCCUGUCUGCCCGCUCGCCCACGGCUGAACCUCCGGAACCGCUGCUUUCUCUGAUUACCUCAAACCACCCGUGGCUGGGCAGCUCCAUCAAUGGCUCCAUAUCAGCCUACAACACCACCAAGGGCUACACGCCGCGCCUGGUUCAGUACGGCGCAGAGCUGCUGGAGCGCAAUAUCGGGUCGCCCAUGGUAAAUACAGUCUCGUCUGUCGGCAGAAGGACGGGCAUGGAAAAGAGCCUGCGCCGAUAUCUAGGCGAAGGACACCGCCGGCCUAGCGAUCUCGAACAGGGCGACGGUGACGCUUCUCGAAGCAAGAGGCAGAGGAUCGCGAGCCCUGCAGACGAUGCCAUGGAUGUCGAUGAUGCACUUGCCGCAGCGUCACGGACAAGAGGCGGCUCCCAGUCUUCGUACACUGAAUCACUGCCGGCCUACGACGACCAGCGAUCUCCAAACUACGAAGAGGCGGUUGUAUCAGGAGACGCGAAUGCACAAAAGUCACCAGAGCAACGGUCCAACACGCCACAAGACCGUCGCGUCAACUGGUCGACACAGCUCAUCAUGACCACGUCUGGACUCGGUGUAGCACUCUCCGAGACAUCACUCCGCUCGCUGAAGCUGUGUCUUGGGCUCCUCCGCAGCGCAACAACACACAUUGACUCGGUCAUGCGUGCGCUCAAGCUCGUCCUCGAAGAGUACGAGGCCGCCCUCCGCAACCAGAGGCAAUCCACCAGCCAAGACGAAAAGGCCCAGCUCAACGGCAACAUGGCGCAAAUGGGGCUAGUCGACCACGACAAGGACGACCAAGUCCGCCGCAUCGCCAACCGCAUCAAGGCCCUCUCAUCAGACAUUUGGACCACGCUCCAAUCCGUCGUCCAAUCCGUCUCGCGCUACACGGGCGGCGCCCUCCCGCAAAACGCCCAAACCGUCGUCCGCACUCAACUCUUAUCCGUGCCGCAGCGCUGGCAACUCGCCAGCAGAAACACCAGCCACGACAGCACGGGCGGCGACGAAGUCCGCGGCGCAAACCGCAUGCUGGCGUUUGCCAAAGAGGGUCUCGACAUGAUGGGCCAGAUUACCACCGUCGUUGAUGGAACCGUGCAGAGUGCGGAGAGUUGGCUUGCGCGUAUUGGAAGGAGACCGCCUCCUUCUUCGUCGUCGCAGUCACAUUCACACCAAUACCCACAGUCGCAGCUGGCGUUGGGACAUGCCGAGACCAAGUCUAGAGUCCCUCUCCCCGGUGGUGCUGGUGCUGGUGCUGGUGCUGGUGCUGGUAGUGCUGGCAGUAAUGUGCCGGAUGAAAAAUCAGAAUUGGCACUUGAAGCCGGUUUGUUGAAGAGGUAG